AAAGAGGCUCUUCUCUUUGCAGUCUGACUACACGAAUGAUUCCGCCCAUUCUCUUGACAGCUCCGUCUUUCACCAACACACUCAUUGCGCUCUUUUUGAAGGUCCUGCGCGAAACCCUCCGCUGUGACAUGUCUCUUAAAUAUAUUUUUCUUCAUCUAAACUCACUGCUGUUUUAACCAAGCAAGUUUUCUGAGACCUAAACAACUCCCGCGUUUUUAGUUUUUGACUCCAACGGACAAACUCUUCUGGAGAUGGAGAUGGGGAUGCGUGCGGUUCUGGUUUAUGCGUUUUUUGCGGUUUUCAUCGAUCUGUGUCGGGGGACUUUAAUGAACUGCGAUGAAGUGCGUAAAGUUUUUCAAUUGAAGGAAAUCGGACCUGUAAAAUCAAUACCUGAAACACCGAGAACAGGUUCAGACCUUCAGGUUUGUUCUUCAAAGAAUCAAACAUGCUGCACCAAGAAGAUGGAGGAGCGUUAUCAGGUGGCGGCACGACGGGACAUCCAGAACCUCCUCCAGAUAUCCAGCUCUAGUCUGAAGUUCCUCAUCUCACGCAAUGUAGCCACUUUUCAAGAAACCGUGGACUCCCUGGUCCGUCAGGCAGAAAAUCACACUCACGCCGUCCUCCUGCACACGUACCGUGAUCUGGCCGGUCCCGCGGCGGCUCCCGUCGGGGAGUUUUUCACAGACGUGGAUCUCUUCGUCUUGGGCUCCGAACUCAGUCUGGAAGAAGCUUCGCAGCGCUUUUUCGACGCUCUUUUCCCCCUGGUAUACGAGCGGCUGGUCGAGCCGGAUUUGUCCCGCUUGUCUGCGCCCUACGCCGAGUGCCUUCGCGCAACCUGUCGGGAUUUGGCGCCGUUCGGCGGAGCUCCUGGUCGGCUCGCCGGGCACAUCUCCCGCGCCUCGCUGCCCAGCCGGGUGUUCCUCCAGGCGCUACACUUGGGCGUCGAGGUCAUCAAUACGACCGACCACAUUCAGCUCAGCCGAGAGUGCAGACGCGGUCUGCUGAGGAUGAGCUACUGCCCGCACUGCCAGGGUCUCACCGCCAGCAAGCCCUGCAUGGGCUACUGCCUCAACGUGAUGCGAGGGUGUCUCGCCAGCCUGGCCGAAGUGGACGCCCACUGGAGGGAGUUUGUGCGCUCGUUAGAGACGCUCUCCACCCGCAUGCACGGGGCGCAGGACCUGGAGCAAGUGCUUCUGGGAGUUCACGGGCUGGUGAGGGACGCAGUGGCCCACGCGCAGAGGAUCGCGCCGCAGCUUUCUACACAGGUGCGCAGGGUGUGCGGUCACCCCAGCAGACAGCAGCCGGAGCAGGUGAGCAGCGUUCAGCACGGCGGCGCCGGACGAGACUCCAUUCCUCUGAAAGGAGCGGUCAGAAGCACAGAAGACACGCUCAGCAACAGGAGGAAAGAGUUCAUCAACAGUCUGCGUCUGUACCGCGCAUUCUACGGCGGCCUGGCCGACCAGCUGUGUGUGAGCGAUCUGGCCUCUGGAGACGGACUGGACUGCUGGAACGGAGCAGAUGUGGCCAGCUACACUCUCCGAGUGGUUGGCAACGGGAUUAAAGCCCAGGCUGAAAACCCCGAAGUCAAAGUGAAGGAGGCCGACCCGGUGAUCAGUCAAGUCAUUGAUAAACUGAAGCACAUCAAUCAGCUGUUGCAGGGCAAGUCAAUCCCAAAGCUCGGCACCCUGGACCAAAUCGAGACCGGAAGUGGAGACGGAUACAGCGGAGACUGUGAUGAUGAGGACGGAUGCUGGGGUUCAGGGAAUGGAGCAUCUGAGAGGAGAAGAAUAGUCACUAUAUUGACACCGGAAAAUACCAACAAUCACCGAUAUCAUCACCCACAAAGCAAAGGCUUUGAUCAGACAAAUUCUGGCGCGAGAGGAACACAAACCGCCCCGCUGGCUCUGGUCUCGAUAUGCGCGUUUGCGCUGUUGUCAGGGUAACGGCAGCCAACUGGGUCUGAACCCCAGUCUCAAGACUGCUUUUCACACUGUUUCUUGGAAAGAAAAGAAAACGUGCCAGCUUUUAAAACAUUGAGGGUGAAACUCCAGCGAGGAGAUUUUCUCGAAUGGAAAUGGAUGCAUUGAGAACUGAGAGUGCAAAAUGAGAAACAAAACUGUCCUUUCAUAAACCUUUUUAAUCACAAAGAGUUUCUAUCAUAAACGUAACAGGCUACUAAACAUUCUGCCAACACUUUACUGCCUUGAACAUGUCUUUUCUACAGGGUUCAGAGUAACACGUUCAGAGAAAAAUGCAUUAAUUUAAAUCUUUAAUGAUGUGUAUUCAAAACAUAGUUGUGAGCUGAAAUGAGCACUGCACAUAUCAGCAUUUUUCUUUUUUUUUUUAUAGAAAUGAUGCAAUAUUUCUGAUGUCAUGUACUGCUUUUAAAUACAUCUCGGUACCAUGUACCUAAAUGACCUCCUUCUUUUCAGCAUUUUUAAAUGUACUGUUGUUUCUUUUCAUCUGAAAUGUCGUACGACGCACCUUAACAAAAUGUAUAAAGAUGUGUUGAUUUACUAUGUAUUUAUUCUUGGUUACAGAGUGACAUUAAACAAAUAAUGAAACUAAA